AGCUAGUAUCUUAUAAUCGGUGCAUUUAUGCUAUUGCACUUGAUUCAAUAAUUUCACAACGUGCGAAGAUGUCGACUUGUUCUUACGAAAACGUGUUAUCUUAUUAUUAAGUCGUGUACCCAGCAAUCAGUGUGUUUUUAUAUCGUACACAUUGUUUUCUUCAUUCAAGAGUGCAACGAGCGCGCACGUGGCCGGCAGAUCGUAAGAAUUUUUCGCGCAAGUGGCAGCACUACGGCCAUUUUAAAAAGACAAUAACAAUUACUGCCUAAUAAUGGCUGCACCAGCCGCUGCCAUGGACUUUGAUGAGAUACUCAACCAAAUUGGCGAAUUCGGACGAUACCAGAAAGAAAACUAUUUGCUCAUUUGCCUGCCGGUGCUUUUUGCGGCGGCGAACAGUCUGUCGUAUGUAUUUACCGCCGGCACACCAAAAUACCGCUGCCGCGUUGAAGAAUGUGACGUAGAAGAGCAGCUGCAUUACCAGACUGAUUGGCUAGAGGUUGCCAUACCGGGCACACGGGACAAACAUGGCUACUUUACGCCAAGCGACGCGUGCUUGCGCUAUGCAGCCAAUGAGAGUCAUGUGCAACAAUGGGACAUGUCGGUAACUUGCAACGCCUCGCUGUUUUUGCCACAACAGCCGCAACGCUGCCGGGAGUUUGUUUACGAGAUUGGCGAGCAAACCAUUGUGCAGGAUUGGCAGCUCACGUGCAAGGAGAAUGCCUGGAAACUGGCUUUUGUGGGCACCACACACUUUGCCGGCCUGGUGGUCGGCACUGCGCUCUUUGGUUAUCUGGCCGAUCGCUUUGGGCGCAAGCGCAUCUUUCUCUUCUGUACCAUAUUUAUGGGCGUGACGGGCAUUGGCCAGGCGCUGGCCUGGGACUAUUCCAGUUUUCUGGUGUUUGCCCUGCUAAAUGCUGUGGGCACAUCCGGCGUCUAUCCGUUGGCCUUCAUCAUAGGCGUCGAAAUGGUUGGACCGCGCAAACGUGAAAUGACCUCCAUUGUGUUGAACUAUUUCUAUGCGGUGGGCGAGGCGCUACUUGGCCUGGCAGCCUGGUUAUUGUCCAGCUGGAAGAUAUUGCAGUACGCUCUAUCCAUACCGUCGUUAUUCUUUGUGGUAUACUUCUGGCUGGUGCCGGAGUCGGUGCGCUGGCUGCUGGCGCGCAACGAGCACGAGAAGGCGGGCAACAUCAUACGGCGAGCGGCGCAUGUUAACCAACGGGAGUUGUCACUGGAACUGAUGGCCAGCUUCAAACAGCAUCAAUUGGAUGCGGCAGACAACGCUCCUGGCAAGCAGCCGCUUAUACAGCAACAGCAACGCGAAAUUUGGCCAUCGGUCAAGCAAGUGUUUACCUCCAGCAAGCUUAUUUGGCGUUAUACGAUCCUUCUGUUUAUAUGGGCUGUCAAUGCCAUUGUCUUCUAUGGACUCUCACUGAACUCGACCAAUCUCAGUGGCAACAAAUAUUUGAAUUUUGCUUUGGUCUGCCUCAUCGAAAUACCUGGUUACAGUUUGGCCUGGUUGUGUCUACGCAAACUGGGACGACGUCUGGCAUUAUCCGGCUCGCUGCUGCUCUGCGCCAUCACGUGCGCUGCCAGCGGCUAUUUGACAACGGGUGCCAAUUGGCUGAUCGUAACACUCUUUUUAAUGGGCAAACUGGGCAUUACCUCAUCGUUUGCGGUCAUUUAUACGUACACAGCUGAAAUGAUGCCAACGGUCAUACGCAGCGGGGGCGUUGGCGUCAUGUCGACAUUUGCACGUUUUGGUGCCAUGCUGGCGCCCUUUGUUCCACUACUGGGCGACUACUAUGAGCCGUUGCCCUUGCUGCUGUUCGGCACAGCAUCUAUGCUGGCAGGAUUUCUAUCGCUGCUGCUGCCGGAAACCUUUCACAAGAAGCUGCCAGAUACGGUCGAUGAGGCAAUUGCCUUGGGCAACAAGAUGCGUCCACUUUCGAAUAUUACGAACAAUUCCACAUCCACGAACAGUCAACAACACGAAUCCAUAAUGUGAUUAGGCAUAUUAAGAGCAUACAUUAUCCAUUUAGUACAAAGCACUAGUAGUUAAUUAGAGACUUGAUUUUUAUAGAGAACCUGGCACCAAAUUUUGUACUUAGUUUUAUAUAUAAUACGAAUCUUAAUCAAAAAUAGCCAGCA